GCUGCAGCUUAGAGGUGGAUAAAGUUCGUCUCCACGUUGGAAGUGAUAGAAAGUAUAAUCCCUAUUCAGGCUCUGUUUCCAGAUUUUCGGGAAGGAGGAUAAAUCAGAGAGGAUACUUCAGGUGUACAAACACCGAGGCUCGGCGGCGGGGAACUACGUUUUCCGUUGAUGAUCACACGGUUCACAAGAGAAAAGUUUUCUCCGGACGCGAAGUUGUCAAGAAUAGACCUCCCUAAAGGUGAUAAAAAACUUUAUGUCCAGAAAAAUGGAAGCGACAUUUUACGACGAAGCCGUGAAUGCGUCCAACUCUGACGGGACGACGGUGUAUGGGUUCAACCCCAAAACCCUGAAACAGACCAUGACUCUGAACCUAAACGACCCAAAAAACUUCAAACCCCAGCUGAGCUCCAAGGCCCUGGACAUCCUGACGUCCCCUGAUGUCGGGUUACUGAAGCUGGCCUCGCCUGAAUUGGAGCGAUUAAUCAUUCAGUCCUGCACCGGGCUGACGACUCCCACCCCGACCCAGUUCGUCUGUCCCAAGAACAUCACCGACGAGCAGGAGGGGUUUGCUGAAGGGUUUGUGAGGGCAUUGGCUGAGCUCCACUACCAUCAGCAGGGUCCCGCACAGGCCGGCGCCACCAACAGCAUGGUAUCCGGCUCCGCUGCGUCUGAGGGCGGCGGGGUUCCCUACAGCUGCACGGUGCGCACCGACCCGCCGGAGUACACAAACUUGGGCACUUUCAGCCGGAUUAUGGGCUCUGCGUCUGCACCUGCCAGCGAGAGGCACCCACCUAUGAGUUACCCGGCUUCCCAAUCGUCAUCCCACAACCACAUGGACCACCAGCGGCUACACGCACUCAAAGAGGAGCCGCAGACGGUGCCCGAGAUGUCCGGCGACACCCCACCGCUCUCCCCCAUCAACAUGGAGAACCAGGAGCGCAUCAAAGCAGAGAGGAAGCGCAUGAGGAACAGGGUGGCCGCGUCCAAAUGCCGGAAAAGGAAGCUGGAGAGGAUCUCCCGGCUGGAGGAUAGGGUCAAAAACCUGAAGAGCCAAAACACGGAACUGGUUUCCUCUGCCAACGUCCUCCGGGACGAGCUGGCUCUACUCAAGCAAAAGGUCAUGGACCACGUUAACAGCGGCUGCCAGCUCAUUUUGACGCAGCAGCUCCAAGCUUUCUAGAAUACCAUGGGGAAAGAACCAAGGGACAUUUCUUGGGGACCAAAUGCAGCUUAAAGUGGCCCGCGGGGGAAGUCCCUGCGUCUCAUGUCAUUUCCCCACCAAAUUAUCUGCUCAGGCUGUAUCCAUUAAGUUUUCGCAGACAUUUGAGCAACGAAUGGAGACUGAGAAGAUAUGGGCUACUUGUAAUUGGUCAAUAGUCUGCGUCCACCAAACUUAUUGCACAGACACACUGCAGUUCAGAGAGAGCAUUUGUUCCAAACACCCCUCUGACCCCUGUGACUUGUACAUAUUUCUGGCAAUUUUGUCUUUAUUUUUUUUUCAUUGAACAAAGAUCAAAUGUUUAUUCAGUCAAGCCAAGGUACCAUGGCAAGUGUCCAAAACUGAAGAGAUUUCUAAAUUGAAAAAGCUCCCACGCAGUCUUGCGUGCUAUAUUAGACCUGUGUGGGAUCAAAUUGCAAAUCGUCAGAAACACAUUGGGAAUGAGGCUUUGCCUGGCAAAUCUCCCACUAUGUCACGUAGCAGUUUAUGCAUAUUGACAUAAGUCGAGCACUUAGUAUCCCACCAGCGACCACACAGUAUGUACAGAGUAACACUAACAAAAAAACCUCACAUCUUUACGCAAGGACUCUCGUAGGUGUGUGUAGCGUUUACUGACAAAACUGCCUUACUUUCUUAACACUUAUGUUCAUACAAGUUUGUGAUCAAGGUGUAACUGUUAAACCUGAAUUAACACUUUGUAACAUUUGUACGCUGUAUUUUGAGCACUUCGGAACUGUACCUAUGAAAAAAUAAAAUGUUAUGGACACGCA